GAAAUUUAAAUAAUCCCAGAUUUUUGGCAAAGAUGGACUCUAUCAAAAAGAACGUUCACAAGUUCCUACAGACAUUACUUUGCACUAGGAGGAAGAAAGCAGAGAUGGACUGUAAUGUAUUCGAUCGAGAAGACAUUGAGGAGUGUGCCAUUGAUGCACUCUCUGACGACCUCUCAAAUAGCCUCAGCUAUAAAGACUGUGAAAGUGACUGAGUUCAAUGCGAAGCUAACGAAGAACUUGACGAGAAAGUGUACCCCACAGUUAAGCCCAUCGAUAUCUCAGAGGAGAAUAAGAAGGAAGUUCAGAAGGAAUUAGAGCAUAAAUAAAGAAAAUAUUUGGUCUAAGAGGAAUACUGUCGGAAAUAAAGCGGGAAAUUCUUCAAAAAGGAUUACUCUUGCACAGAUAGAGGAUGCUGUGAAUCGGCAAAUAGACAAUCUUGAUCACGAUGAUGGUGCCAGGUCUCCUGCUAAGGAGGAAUCCAAGAUUGAGAAAGCAGAGGAGAGUCCUGCUCAAGACAUUACAGCUAGCUACGUCAAAAGGGUUUCUGAACAUCCCAGGAAUAGGUUGAACAAGAUGUGGAGCCGUGAGAAUGGGGAUAAAGGGAAAUCUCUCGAACUGAUAAAAAGACGCAGGAUUUAUACAAACUUUUCAGUAAAGAACAUCAAGCUAUCUAAGCAGUAUUGGAAAGAGCUCAUUGGGUUGAAAAUUAACAAAAAUAUUCCUUUCGUUGAAUACAUUCCUGAUGAACAUAGCUUCAAGACUAAGCCGAAGUACUUGGAGUACAUCAAGGAAUUCUUUACUGAAAAAUCAAAGGAGAUAGGUAUAGCUGAGAAGGUAAUUGAUGUGCCUGGAUUCUACUCGAUCACAAGCAUGUCUCUGAAGAACUUCUUGAACAAUAGCUACUAUAAUGAGGAGAUUAUCAACUCCUUGUUGGAGAUAUAUCAAGGGCAAGCUCGCAAAGAGGGGUUUUUGGUCUUUAACACCUUCUCUUACCAUUCAAUCGAGAAGUUAUAGUAGAGUCAAAGGUUUUUGAUGACAAGCUGAUUAAAGAAGAAGACAUCACUAGUAUCAAGGGCAUAAUCUUCCCAAUCAUGCUGGGGUACCCUUACUGUGAGGUUAUAUGCGUUUUAGCUAGGCCGAAUAUGUCUCAUGUCGAGCUGGUCCACCAUAAUAGCACUGUUUUUGGGGACAAGGAGAACCCUAAAGCUGAUGAGAUCAUGGAAACGAUCCUUCACUAUAUUGAAGGCUAUAUUAUCAUCCCAAAUACUCAAGAUGUCCAUGAAGUCACUGACUCUAGGAUCAAACGGAAAGUUCCUCAAUGGAAAAGAAGCGUCAAGUCUCUCAAAAGAGUAAAAUACAGAGCUAAAAAGAUUGAAGGAAAAGGCAUGUACCAGAAGAUAGCAAUUAAGGAUGAUACACCUCCUCAAAUAGAUAAGGAUAAAAGUGGAAAGAUGAUAGCUAAUUUCAUCAUCAGAAUGUGAUCUAAGAGAUAUAUGGCAGAUGAUCAAACUCUGAAAAAUAUGGCAUUUUUAGAACUUCUUUUUGGAGAUCCCAUCCUAUAA